AAUGAUUACCAUCUCCAGAGGGUAAGGAAAGUUGCUGUUGUUGUAAACGAAGACAAAACUCAACAGAAACCCGCUGCUCAUCUGCAGAUGGACCCUGAUGCGCAGUAUGACAAAGAUAAAUAUAUCUCAGCUCUCCGGUGGAAAUCAAAUGGGAAGAGAUCGUUUGUGAAAGACGGACUCACUGUCGUUGAGGAAGGGAUUCGGGUGGAGAAAGAAGGGAACUAUUUCAUCUACAGCAAUGUCGUGUUUUCCGGUAACCAGACUAAGGAACUCGAUUUCGCCAGACUUUGUCAUUACCUGUACAAACGCGUCCCCACGACACGAAGGUCUAAAGUCCAACAGCUGUCGUCCAACCCCCAGUCGACGUGUAAAAUCAGACGAGGAAAGCCCGCCUUCGCGACAUCCUACAUUGGCGCUGUCUACCAUCUGGAGGCCGGGGCCAUGGUGAUGGUGAAGACGUCGUCGGUGGAUAGACUUGUCAAACAUCCACAGUCGACGUACUUCGGAAUUUACAUGAUUUGAUAGUUCCCGUGUGUUGAGACCGCUGGUGUUCGCUGUUCAUCUAAAGGUUGUUUUGUUUAUUUUGAAAUAUUUUAUUACUCAGAAAAUAAAGAGUCAAAAGGAUUGCACAACAGACAGAGCCUAUAUAAGUGCUCUCCUAAACAAGAUGUACAUCAGACAAUAAUCAAUAUACAUAAUAAUGUAUAUCAAACAUAAUAACAUACUUAACGUACUUAACAUAAUUAAUAUUUAUUAGGCUAAUAUAUAGGAAUAACAGGUAGAGUUUGUUUUGUUUAACGACACCACUAGAGCGCACUAGUGACUUAUCAUUGACUUAUAGGAUGUCAAAUGUCAUUUGGAAUCUUUUACUCGUAGUCUUAGAGAAGAAACAUGUUUCCAUCAGCAGAAGGUGAUCUUUUGUGUACAUUGUUCCCAGACAGGACAGCACAUACCACGGUCUUUGAUAUACCAGCCGUGGAAGUUAAACCGCCAGUGCAACAAUGAACACUGGUAGUAGCUGCAGUUUUCACCGUUAAUGGUCUUCUAAUAACCGAUAGUGUAACAAUUCGAACACAAAAGAGUCUGACAUUUAAUUGUUUUAAAUGGAGAAUUUUCUGCAUUGUUGUGGAGGGCUGAUAAUCAGCGGUAGAACGUUUGCCUGACGUGCAGUGUAAUUUCCCAUUCCAACCAAUCCCCACACAAUUGAUGUAUCAAAGGCAGCGAUAUGUGAUGUGAGUCUGUAGUGUGUCCAUGCCCGUAGGAACAGCUGUCCCCACCCCCAUCCCGGUUCCUGCGGGACUGAGUAUAUAUUAAAAUCCAUUGCUUCUACUCUGUAUGAGUAACCUGUGUGGUGACAGCGGGUGUCUUCUCUAACUAUCUGGACGUAGUGUCGUCAUAUAUUAGACACGAACAGCUAUAGUCUAAACUGUGUUGAAGUCUUUUCUGGCCUUUUUAUUGGCUAAGUGGUGGGUCUCGUUAAACAAAUAUUUCUUUCCUGGGGCCUAAUUCUCUUAGGCUCUGCUAGACAACAAAGCAUCCUCUUUGCAAGUGUUUUUCAUUGCACUGCGAUAUCGCAAAGUUGCGAGAGUUUAGUGAAUUAGGAUCCUGGACUUUUGUUAGCGCAGUGGUAGACAUUAGGUUCAGAUCUCAUUUGGAAAAACCCAUAAGAUGUGCAAAGUGCCAGAGGUGGGGUCAUUCUGCCAAGAGCUACAGAUCAACCAGGGAUACCCCAUCUGCUUCCAGUGUGGGGCUAGUCAACCCAAGAGAUACCCUGACAGUCCGUGCACGAGAGAAAUCUUCUGCGCGAACUGUCGGGGCCCUCAUUUCACACACUCCAAGGAGUGCCCGGAGCACAUCAAGGCUGUGAAAAUCUUGGCCGAUAAAAAUACUGAAGACCACUAUCAGGGAUGGGAUACCAGAGUUCCUACUGCACCCCAGCUCUAUUCGCUCUGCUUCCCCCUUUGGUUUCUCAACCCCCCCCCCCCCCCCCCCCACCCACCCAGACCCCCAACUCAGGAUUUACCCUUUAGAAAUCAAGAGGGACCAAACUACAGCAGUAAUCCUAAUAAUCAAUCAACACGCUCGAAUUUGUGAGAGUUAUUUCAGGCCUUAUUUUCGAUGGAGCAUUCAAAAUUACCCCCCAAACAAAAUAUUCUAUCCCCGACAUAGAGGGGGCCACCAGGGCUGCUUGUCAAAUGUUUGACAGGCACUUGGCUGUCAAGAUAGAAGCAGGGUCGGUCCAAUCUAGAACUAUUAACUGGUAUAGGGAGCGUAAUUUGGUUGAUCUGUUGGACGAUGUUAACAACACGGUUAUCUAAAUUACCUAACAUUAUAGAACUCUAACUAGUAUUGUCUCGUCCCCCAUUAUGAAUACAAGACAUAAACGUUCAUUUAAUAAUAAUUCCAAUCUCUAAAAAUGCCUUUUAGCCGGAACUACUUUAUGAAUUAUGUCAACAAAGGAAUCCCCGAGGAAUUUCCUUGAGAUUCUAUUUUUAGACAUCAAACAGUAAUCGUCUGCUGUCAAACUUCCAAGUGUCAGCGUUAGACAUCGUAACAUGUCAGAUGCUCCUAUACAAUUUUUUGGAGAUUUUAAUUUAAACACGUUAAAUCUCACGAAUGCUGGUGUCGCACCACUUGAAGUCACACACACGCCAAAACCAUCCUGUGUUGUCGCCACUUCCACAAUUACAAGGCCAUUAAACACAGAAACUCGUGACACACCUGUUUCCACCAUUUCCGGAAACAUUGAAACCACUUUCUCCAUGUCAUCUAUCAACACAUGGAAUUUUCACGCACUCAAAAUUUUAUAACUGUAAUUUCAACGUCGUAAUGGGUAAAACUGGACAGUAAUCAAAAAAUGGCGGCCAUGCACAGUUCGUAGUUAAAUAUUCAAACACCAACCGCUUCACAUAUAAAUUAUACCAUACAAAAUAGGUCGCUUCAGACAUUUUUAUUACAGGUUAAAAGUUAUUGAAAUUACUUACGUUAUAUGUUUAU